AAACCAAAAACUCCUCGGUCUACUUUGCUAAUAUUGAUGCAAAAAAGGGAUCCAGGGACGCCCAGAUUCGCUUGGAGCGAGGUCGUCUGAAGCCUUUUCCGAACGGAAGAUCGAUUUGGGAUUUCUUCUUUUCUUUCCAUCCUCUCUAUUUCUUCUUCUUCUUCUUCUUCUUCUUUGCUAGUUUAAACCAAAUUGGCGGAGUGAAAGAGGGGCGAACGAGGGAUGGCUCGACCUCUUCCUUUGAACCCAGCUUUCCUACCCCCAACUUACGGGGUGCUGAAAUCCCUGCUGGAAAACCCGCUCAAGCUGCCACUGCAUCACGAAGAUGCAUUUUAUAAAGAAAAAGACAAAGACAAAAAACUGGAUGACGACAGUACCAGUGCCACUGUCCCACAGUCUGCUUUUCUGGGGCCUACAUUAUGGGACAAGACACUUCCCUAUGAUGGUGACACUUUCCAGUUGGAAUACAUGGACCUGGAAGAAUUUCUCUCAGAGAAUGGCAUCCCACCCAGUCCAGUCCAGCACGACCACAGCCCUCAUCAGCCAGCUCUUCAGCAACCUACCUCAGCCUCACCAUCGGUCAUGGACCUCAGCCACAGAGCAUCCACAUCGGUCCACCCGACUAUGGUUUCCCAAAACUGCAUGCAAAAUACAGCCAGGCCAGGUCAGAUCUUGCCUACACACCGAAACACGCCAAGUCCCAUUGAUCCCGACAGCAUUCAGGUUCAAGUUGGGUAUGAACCAGACCCUGCCGAUCUUGCUCUUUCUAGCAUUCCUGGUCAGGAAAUAUUUGACCCUCGCAAGCGCAAGUUCUCUGAGGAGGAGCUCAAGCCCCAGCCGAUGAUUAAGAAAGCUCGCAAAGUCUUCAUUCCCGAAGAUCUGAAGCAGGAUGACAAAUACUGGGCAAGGCGUAGAAAGAACAACAUGGCUGCCAAGCGAUCCAGAGAUGCCCGGAGGCUGAAGGAAAACCAGAUUGCUAUCCGUGCCUCGUUCCUUGAGAAGGAGAAUACGGCCCUGCGCCAGGAAGUGGCUGACCUACGGAAAGAAUUGGGCAAAUGCAAGAACGUCCUUGUCAAGUAUGAAGCCCGGCAUGGUCCUCUCUAAAUGGCCUCCUACCCAACUCCCCCCCCCCCGGUCCAAUCCCAUCCACCACCAUCCCCCUGUUUCUUUUCUUCCCAUCUACUUUUUUAAUUUUCUUUUGUGGUUUUGGCAUUUAAAUAGAUGGGACAGUGUGUUUCCUGUUUGAUAGCACCUCACCCAAACCAACCUUUCAGUCAUGGGCACUUUAAUAGAAAGCAGAAACAGAACCAGUGUACAGUUUGUGUGUAUGCACGCGCGCGUAUGCUUGUGCACACCUGCCCAGGCAUACUUGUGAAUAAGUGUGCAUGUCUGUCUUGGCUCUUGUGUUUUUAUGAAACCCUCUUUGUAGGAUUGGAUUGGCUGAAACUGGCCAUACUAAACUUUUUAUGGAAUACAUACAUCUAGAUAUGUAUGUAUAUAUUUUCCAGUGCUGCUUACACUGUAUUUUUGUCUUACCCUAUCCCAUUAUUUUGAUUUAACUUGGGGGGGGUGGGG